GCUGUACCACCUCUUCCUCUUCUCUUUCACCAUAAUCUACUUAUGGGAUUUUUUUUUUCUGGGUUUUUUUGAUAAUGGAGAUUUUAUCCAUCUUAACCACAAAACCCAGAAAUAUCGGUUCUGCCAACUUCUUGUUGUCCACUUGUCCAACGAACAACGUACGGACGGUUUUGAAAGAUUUUUUUUUCCAUUGGAGAUGGUGGGUUACGGGAAGUGGGAGGAGUUGAAAUCAUCAAGAAUGAUCGGAAUUGGGUGAUCCAAGGCUUUUGGCAACCCUCAUCUUCUUCUAUAUUGUUCUAUUAGUUUACCUAUAUAGAACUUCUGCUGUUAUUCUUGAUGGCUUUUCAAAUGGAAAAAUAAUAACUCUUUGAGUUAAAAAAAUUAUAGCCCGUGAAUUUUUUCAUCAGGGCUGGACUAAAGGUUGAGCGUAUGCCUGGGAACAAGUGCAAUCGUAAUUCUGCCAUUCCUGCAAGUAGAGUGGAAAGACUCUUGAGAGAACGAGAACUAAAGAAAAUCAACAGGACAUAUCAUCCGAAUGAGGAAUCAGUUGAUGUUACCAGGGAGUGUGAGUUACUUGAACAUGAAUUGAGCUUGGAAGAGGGUAAUAACUUGGGAAUUCCCCAUGAAGAAGAGUUCCAGGAUGUGACUGCAGCAACAAAAGCGCUCUGCGAGGAAUGUGAAAGGCAAGGCAGGUGGCCUUCAAGACAACGACUUUUGGUGGUCGCAAACAGGUUGCCAGUAUCUGCAGUUAGGAAGGGUGAGAACUCAUGGUCACUGGAGAUAAGUGCAGGUGGUCUAGUCAGUGCCCUUCUGGGUGUGAAAGAUUUUGAGGUGAAAUGGAUUGGAUGGGCUGGGGUGAAUGUACCGGAUGAGGUCGGGCAGAGUGCACUUGCUAAAGCAUUGGCUGAGAAGAGGUGCAUCCCUGUUUUCCUUGAUGAAGAGAUAGUUCAUCAAUAUUAUAAUGGCUACUGCAACAAUAUCUUGUGGCCCCUUUUCCAUUACCUUGGACUUCCACAAGAAGAUCGUCUAGCAACAACACGUAGUUUUCAGUCUCAGUUUGAUGCAUAUAAGAGGGCCAAUCAAAUGUUUGCCGAUGUGGUAUAUAAGCAUUACAAAGAGGGUGAUGUCAUCUGGUGCCAUGAUUAUCAUCUGAUGUUUCUUCCGGAAUGCCUCAAGAGGUAUGACAGCAAAAUGAAAGUUGGCUGGUUUCUCCACACACCGUUCCCUUCGUCAGAGAUCCAUAGGACACUGCCAUCUCGAUCAGAGUUGCUGAAAUCUGUUCUUGCUGCAGAUUUAGUUGGUUUCCAUACAUAUGACUAUGCCAGGCACUUUGUUAGUGCUUGUACUCGCAUUCUCGGUCUUGAGGGUACACCUGAAGGAGUAGAGGAUCAAGGAAGGCUAACACGUGUUGCUGCGUUUCCAAUUGGGAUAGAUUCUGAAAGGUUUAUUCGAGCUCUUGAACUUCCGCAAGUCCAGGAUCACAUCAGGGAGUUGAAAGAAAGAUUUGCUGGCCGAAAGGUUAUGUUAGGUGUUGACCGUCUUGAUAUGAUUAAAGGAAUUCCACAAAAGAUAUUGGCGUUCGAAAAGUUCCUUGAAGAAAAUGCAGAUUGGCGUGACAAAGUAGUUUUACUGCAAAUUGCUGUGCCUACGAGGACAGAUGUUCCAGAGUAUCAAAAGCUUACAAGCCAGGUUCAUGAAAUUGUCGGGCGCAUUAAUGGAAGAUUUGGAACUUUGACAGCUGUUCCCAUACAUCAUCUGGAUCGAUCACUCGACUUUCACGCGUUAUGUGCACUUUAUGCAGUUACUGACGUAGCACUUGUGACAUCAUUAAGGGAUGGAAUGAAUCUUGUCAGUUAUGAGUUUGUGGCAUGCCAGGAUUCAAAGAAAGGAGUUCUAAUUCUUAGUGAAUUUGCUGGAGCAGCGCAGUCCCUUGGUGCUGGAGCUAUCCUAGUAAACCCAUGGAACAUCACAGAAGUUGCCAAGGCAAUUGGUCUAGCUUUAGAUAUGUCUCCUGGGGAAAGGGAAAAGAGGCACCGUCAUAACUUUACGCAUGUGACGGCCCACACUGCUCAAGAUUGGGCUGAGACCUUUGUGAGUGAACUGAAUGAUACCAUUGUUGAAGCUCAACUAAGGACAAGACAGGUUCUCCCUUUACUUCCAGUCAAAGAUGCAAUAAUGCAGUUCUUAAAAGCCCAGAACCGUUUAUUGAUACUGGGGUUCAAUGCAACUCUAACUGGACCAUUGGAUACUCCUGGGGGAAGAAGGGGUGAUCAAUUUAAAGAAAUUGACCUUAAAUUGUACCCAGAGUUGAAAGAACCCUUAGAAAUUCUUUGCAAUGAUCUGAAGACAACGGUUGUUGUUCUCAGUGGAAGUAAAAGGAGUGUCCUAGAUGAAAACUUCGGAGAGUACAACAUGUGGUUAGCUGCAGAGAAUGGAAUGUUUUUGCGUCUAUUAAAGAAAGAAUGGAUGACAACGAUGCCAGAGCAUUUAAACAUGGAUUGGGUAGAGAGUGUGAAGCAUGUUUUUGAAUAUUUCACGGAAAGAACACCUCGCUCUCAUUUUGAAGUUCGGGAGACUUCACUUGUAUGGAAUUACAAAUAUGCAGAUGUUGAAUUUGGAAGGCUUCAAGCAAGGGAUUUAUUGCAGCACCUGUGGACAGGUCCCAUUUCUAAUGCAGCUGUUGAUGUUGUCCAAGGAAGCCGAUCAGUUGAGGUCAGAUCAGUUGGUGUCACAAAGGGUGCAGCAAUUGAUCGCAUCUUAGGAGAAAUAAUCCAUAGCAAAAACAUGCAGACACCAAUCGAUUAUGUCCUGUGCAUUGGACACUUUCUAGGGAAGGAUGAAGACAUCUAUACAUUUUUUGAGCCAGAGCUUCCAUCAGAACCAUCAGGUGCUACAAGAGCCAAAUUAUCUGAUGCAGUCAAGACAUCUGUAGACAAACGAUCUUCACCGAAGGUUCCAGUGAGUAAACCAGGGCCAAAGGUAUCCCAUGGUAGGAACCAUCGGACGUCUGUGUCCAAUGAGAAGAUAAGCAAUCUUACCAGUGGCAACAUGUGGCGGUCACCAAAGGAAGGUAUAUCUUGGCAUGAGUGUUCUGUACUGGACCUCAAAGGAGAGAAUUACUUUUCCUGCGCUGUUGGGCGUAAACGCUCAAAUGCACGGUAUCUCCUUAACUCGUCGGAUGAGGUUGUCAAAUUUCUGAAGGAUAUGACUGUAUCACUGUCUUCAAGUUGAAGACAAUAAGCCUUCACUGUCUCUGAAGCUCUUUCUCCAAAUUUUAACAAUAUAACAGCUAAUUCUCAAAGGCAUGGCAGCUUAGUUUCUUUUUAUUGGCAAA